CCGCCUCGGCGUUUGCCUGCUGGGGUUUACGGGUUGUUAAGUAGACUUCCAAGCGGUGUGACAUCGCUCCGCCAGUCCCUUCCUUCCUGAGAAAGGGUAGCUGCUUUCUGAGCCAUCACGUACCAGCUUGAUGUAUUCCUAAGAUUGUCAUCAUCUUCUUGGGUUGUUGACUUUUUUUGAGGCCUUAUUGAGGUUUAAUUACUUAUAGGCUCUAGUGUUUAUAAAAUAGUUUAAGAUGUUUGUACUACUCAAUUUUAACUCUGUUGUAUUAAGGGACAUUGUUUUAACUUGGGAAUGGUUAAAUGGCCAAAGAAUUUAAUUAUUUAUGGAUAAGGGCUAUUUUAUUUGACUACUGUUGGCCUGCGACUUAAACGUGCAUCUUUUAUUUUUUUUAUCCUAUGCUUUUUCUGUGUUAUGGCUGCUGCAACAAUAGUUCAUGAUACAUCAGAAGCUGUAGAGCUCUGUGCUCCCUGUGGGUUGUACCUUAAGCCCAUUACAAAAAUGACCAUCAGUGUGGCACUUCCUCAGCUGAAACAACCGGGAAAAUCCAUUUCGAACUGGGAAGUGAUGGAAAGAUUGAAAGGGAUGGUGCAAACUCAUCAGUUUUCCACUCUGCGGAUUUCUAAAAGCACAAUGGAUUUCAUCCGGUUUGAAGGAGAGGUGGAAAACAAAAGUUUGGUUAAAUCUUUUCUGGCGUGCCUUGACGGCAAAACAAUAAAGCUAAGUGGCUUCUCUGACAUUUUAAAAGUCCGUGCUGCAGAAUACAAGAUUGACUUUCCUACUAGACAUGACUGGGACUCGUUUUUCCGUGAUGCAAAAGAUAUGAAUGAAACCUUGCCAGGGGAAAGGCCAGAUACUAUUCACUUAGAGGGCUUACCUUGCAAGUGGUUUGCAGCAAAGGACUCGGGCUCAGAAAAGCCGAAUGAAGAAGUCCUUAUAAAAGUUUUCCAGAAAUUUGGAGAAAUACGUAACGUGGACAUACCCAUGCUGGACCCUUACAGAGAAGAAAUGACUGGCAGAAAUUUUCACACUUUCAGUUUUGGAGGCCAUUUGAAUUUUGAAGCUUAUGUUCAAUAUCGAGAGUACGCAGGUUUCAUUAAAGCUAUGAAUGCCCUGCGAGGGAUGAAGCUGAUGUAUAAAGGUGAAGAUGGCAAAGCGGUGGCUUGCAAUAUAAAGGUUUCUUUUGACUCAACAAAACACCUCAGUGAUGCAUCAAUUAAGAAGCGUCAGCUUGAAAGACAAAAGCUACAAGAGCUUGAAAAACAGAGAGAAGAACAAAAACGUAAAGAGAAGGAAGCUGAGGAAAAACAAAAGGAAGAAGAAAGGAAGCAGAGAGAGCUUGAAGAAUAUGAGAGAGAGAGGAAAAGAGAAGAAAAGUUACGCAAAAGAGAACAGAAACAGAAAGAUCGUGAAGUUCGACGAAACAAAAAGCAACUGGAAAAGCUUCAAGCUGAGGAACAGAAAAAACUGCAAGAGAAGAUAAAGUUAGAAGAAAGAAAGCUCCUGCUAGCUCAGAGAAAUCUUCAGUCCAUUAGACUAAUUGCAGAACUGCUAAGCAGGGCAAAGACAGUAAAGCUUUUGGAGCAAGAACAUAAUGAAGAAAAGAUGCGUCUUCAGCAGCUAGAGGAGAGACGAAAGCUCCAGGAGGCUGAGCUCAAACGUGUGGAAGAAGAAAAGGAGAGAGCACUGGGGUUGCAGAGAAAAGAAAAGGAACUGAGGGAGAAACUACUGAACAAUCUUCUGAGCAAGAAAAUGGAUGCAGUUAAUCAGAACAAAGAAGAAGCUGAAGCAUCUCAGUCUGACGUGCUGAAAACCCCCAGUGGUGUUCCACACACUGUGUCAUCCAGCUGCAUCACUUCUACCUCAGGACAGGCUGUUACAAGCAAACCGACUCCCAGCUCUCAAAGAGAAGUAGCAUCCUCUGAGAGUGUAGGCACUCCGUGCCAGUACUUGAAUGGCAACAUUCAUGACAAAGUUCACGUCAAAGAAGGUCAGAAACUUCAUACUACAAACUCUGAGAGGAGUUCAGAGAAAAGAAGUUCAGGUGUACUUUCAUGUGUCCCCACCAAUAACCAGGAGCAGAAGAGCCUCUCCAGCUACGACCAAAAUACCUGCAGGAGGGACUCACACUGUGAGCAGGACAAACGUAGCACAGAGCCAAGAAGAAGAAAGAGCCGUUCAUGUAGCAGCGUAAACACUGAUGACAGUAAGGGGAGACGAGAGAGGAGCAGACACAGACGAGAUGUGAAUUAUAAUGAUGAAAAACGGAGGAAGGAGAGGCGGUAUUAUAGACACUCUAGCAGAAGUUACAGUCCUCGACGAAGCCGUAGUCCUCGUCGAAGAAGUGUAAGCCCCAGACGUUCACGUUACAGAAGAACUCACAGUAGUGAACGCAAACGAGACAGAAGAGAAAGAAGUCGUAGUCGCAGAAGUGUGAGCAGGAGACGAAGGUACCGGAGGAGAUCACUGAGCAAGCAGAGAAGUACUUGGAGUGGGUAGUGGAGGCCCUGGCUCCCUGGAAAGGCUGUGGUUGGACAAAAGGGCCAGAAAGUUGUAAACGAGACCUCAUCGGUGUGACUGCUCUUAAAAAUGUGUUUGUUUUGACCAAUGCUUAACUUGCAUCCCGUCCCUGAAAUCAAGAAAAUGUAUAUCUGAUUUUUUUUUGAUGUUCCUUAGUGCUUCAUUGUCUCUAGGUUUCUACCACUAUGUAGGUAUAACCACCUGUACUUGACUUCCUACAAUGCUAAAAGCCAACAUAUUUUCUUGAUUUUCAGUAUUUUAUACUUUAAUUUUAGUCAGUAUAGUUUUUAUCUCUGUAUCACCUAAUUUGGCUGGAGAAGUACAUGGGUGCCAGUUACAGGAACUCCAGAUGCGACAAGCUAUUACAUACAUAUUUGAUAUAAAAUGCUUUCUGGUGCAUUCAGUGGAAUCAUGUUAAACAAAGCAGAGUUUUUGCCAAUUGAGAUGGAUAGCGGGACUUCCUUAUAGUUCUUAAAACUGGCUAUAAAGAUAUGCAGGAUAUCUUUUAAAAUGCUCUGAUUCCUUCAUAUGUCUGUAUGGUGCCAAGGUUUGUGGCCCAAAUUAUUCUGAUAUGUAAUGUUUGUAUAAUAAUACUUUCCAUGUAAGAGACACACUGAUGUAGGAAGUAAGAAGCAGUGGGAAAAUGGCUGAAAAGUUGCUUCUGUUAUUUUAUUGACGUGUUUGGCUUUGUAAUUACCUCAGGUGGCAUAGAGCCACUUGAAGCAUUUUUUCAGGUACAUACAGAGCUGGCCAUUGUCUUUUGGAAAAGGGGCCUUCUUGCUAAAUUAUUUUUAUUUGUGUUGGAAAGUAAGGCUGCAGUGUCUCUUGUUAAAUUCAUUUAAGAAUACUUUUGCUUCUAAAAUGCAGCUCAGGAAUAUUAAAAGCUAUAACAUUACAGUGAAAGAGUUUAUUUUGCCUUUUUAUGGUAAAAUUAAAAAGACAACUGUUUUCAGUGGACUGAAGUUGCUGCUUUCAUAUGUCAAUGUAUUAAA